UUUGGGAAGUGAUGCUGUGGCUCUUUGGGUGCUUGAAGAUUUGCCAGGAACCAGUUUUGCAGUGUUUUUGCCAAACACAGAUUGUAUGACAGAGUUCAUUGGACAAGGACAAUGAUGCAAUUCUUGCUAUGUUGGUGCCCAGAGAGGCUCACUAAAGAGGCCUCCUGAGAUCAGGCAAGUAUGGCGGGGAAACUGUAACAGGAAAAAGAGAGAGACAAGUCCUAGUCUUAAUCAGCCUUCCAUCACUGAGGAAGCAGAGGAGAGGGGAAUAAUCUCCUACAGAGAGUGCGGCAGUGUAAAUUAACCUGAAACACGUCAGCAUUCAGCGAGGAAUUUGGAAACUAUGGGCGCCACUAUAUGGAUUAUUUCAAUAUAAUCCCAAUAUGAUUGGACAGGCAUCAUUAGCUGAUCCCUCAGAUACCUGGGAAAUUAUAGAGACCAUUGGAAAAGGCACUUAUGGUAAAGUCUAUAAGGUUGCCAAUAAGAAAGAUGGGAGUCUGGCUGCAGUAAAAAUUCUGGAUCCUAUCAGUGAUGUGGAUGAGGAAAUUGAAGCAGAAUAUAAUAUUUUACAGUUUCUUCCCAAUCAUCCCAAUGUUGUUAAGUUUUAUGGAAUGUUUUACAAAGCAGAUCAAUACGUGGGAGGUCAGCUCUGGCUGGUUCUUGAGCUGUGUAAUGGAGGUUCUGUCACAGAUCUUGUCAAAGGCCUGCUGAAGCGUGGCCAACGGUUGGAUGAAGCUAUAAUCUCAUACAUCUUAUAUGGUGCUCUCUUGGGCCUUCAACAUUUACACAAUAACCGAAUCAUCCAUCGUGACGUCAAAGGGAACAACAUUCUUCUGACAGCAGAAGGAGGAGUCAAGCUUGUUGACUUUGGUGUUUCAGCCCAGCUCACCAGCACCCGGCUACGCAGAAACACUUCAGUGGGAACACCCUUUUGGAUGGCACCUGAGGUCAUUGCUUGUGAACAACAGUUUGACUACUCAUAUGAUGCUCGGUGUGACGUAUGGUCCCUUGGGAUCACAGCUAUUGAAUUGGGUGAUGGAGACCCACCUUUAUUUGACAUGCAUCCUGUGAAAACGCUUUUUAAGAUUCCAAGAAAUCCUCCCCCUACUUUGCUACACCCAGAAAAAUGGUGCAGAGGAUUCAACCACUUCAUUUCACAGUGUCUUAUUAAGGAUUUUGAAAAGCGUCCUUCAGUCACCCACCUUUUAGAGCAUCCAUUUAUUAGACAAGCCCAUGGUAAGGAUAUGUCUCUGCAAAAACAGCUGGCUGAUCUCAUCCAAGCACAAGAACAGCUAGACUUUGUAGCCAAAAUAAGGUAUGAACGAAUACAUACUAGAAGACCUUAUCAUGUGGAUGCGGCUAACAAAUACGCUCUAGAUGAUGAUCUAGUAAAUCUAGAGGUUCUAGAUGAGGAUACAAUUAUCCAUCAACUUCAGAAGCGUUAUGCUGAUCUACAAAUUUAUACUUAUGUUGGAGACAUUUUAAUAGCCUUAAACCCCUUCCAGAAUCUCAGCAUAUAUUCUCCACAGUUUUCCACGCUUUACCAUGGUGUGAAGCGGUCAUCAAAUCCCCCCCACAUAUUUGCCUCUGCCGAUGCUGCUUACCAGGGCAUGGUAACUUUCAGCAAGGAUCAGUGCAUUAUCAUCAGUGGAGAAAGUGGUGCUGGAAAGACUGAAAGCGCCCACCUGAUUGUCCAGCAUUUGACAUUCCUGGGAAAGGCCAAUAACCGCGCUUUGCGUGAGAAGAUUCUUCAAGUGAACCCUCUGGUUGAAGCGUUUGGGAACGCCUGCACUGCAAUCAAUGACAACUCAAGUCGUUUUGGAAAAUACCUGGAAAUGCUGUUUACACCAACAGGAGCUGUAAUGGGGGCAAAAAUUUCUGAAUAUCUACUUGAAAAAUCCAGAGUCAUAAAGCAGGCUGUAGGAGAAAAAAACUUCCAUAUAUUUUACUAUAUUUAUGCUGGUCUUUUUCAUCAGAAGAAACUUUCUGAGUAUAGACUUCCUGAAAAAAAGCCUCCUCGGUAUAUUGAUAACGAAACUGGAAGAGUAAUGCAAGAUAUUAUUACUAAAGACUCAUAUGGAAGACAAUUUGAAGCAAUUCAACAUUGCUUUAGGAUCAUAGGAUUCACUGAUGAGGAAGUGCAUUCAGUUUACAAAAUUCUGGCUGGAAUCUUGAAUACAGGAAACAUUGAGUUUGCUGCCAUUUCCUCACAACACCAAACUGAUAAAAGUGAAGUUCCCAAUGCAGAGGCCUUAGAUAAUGCUGCUGCACUGCUCAGUAUUGGUUCAGAAGAGCUCCAAGAAGCUCUAACCUCUCACUGUGUUGUAACACGAGGAGAGACUAUUAUCCGAACAAACACUGUGGACAAAGCCUCUGAUGUGCGAGAUGCCAUGUCUAAAGCACUUUAUGGCCGACUCUUCAGCUGGAUUGUAAAUCGCAUUAAUACACUGCUGCAGCCAGAUAAAAAUAUAUGCAAUGCUGAAAGCCGGAUGCAUGUUGGGAUACUGGAUAUCUUUGGAUUUGAGAACUUCACAAGAAAUUCCUUUGAACAGCUGUGCAUAAACAUUGCGAAUGAACAAAUCCAGUUUUAUUUCAAUCAGCACAUCUUUGCACUUGAACAGAUGGAAUAUCAGAAUGAGGGCAUUGAUGCUACUACAGUGGAGUAUGAGGACAAUCGUCCACUUCUAGAUAUGUUCCUCCAGAAACCAAUGGGAGUACUUUCUCUACUUGACGAAGAAAGUCGAUUUCCCCAGGCGACAGACCUGACGUUAGUUGAUAAGUUUGAAGAUAAUUUAAGAUGCAAAUACUUUUGGAGGCCCAAACGAGUGGAGCUGUGUUUUGGCAUUCAGCACUAUGCUGGGAAGGUAUUAUAUGAUGCCUAUGGUUUCCUUGAGAAGAACAGAGACACUCUUCCUGCUGAUACAGUGGUGGUGCUGAGAACUUCAGAGAACAAACUUCUUCAGCAGCUGUUCUCUAGUCCAUUAACCAAAACAGGUCCACCACCUUCACUACUCUUUCACCGUACAACAAGCUGCAAAGGUAACUUGGCACAGGCAAGAGCCAGAGUGACAGCAGCAUCUAGGUCUUUGCCUCCACAAUUUAGUGCUGGGCGCAUCAAGUCUCCUAAAUAUCUCCUCAAGAUUGACACAAUGGAGAUGAUGCGACACCCAGAGGAAACAACCAACAUGAAGAGGCAAACCGUGGCUUCUUAUUUUAGGUAUUCCUUGAUGGAUCUUUUAUCCAAAAUGGUGGUUGGACAACCUCACUUUGUCCGCUGCAUUAAACCAAAUGAUGACCGAGAGGCACUGAAAUUUUCCCAAGAAAGAGUUCUAAUACAGCUACGGUACACAGGAAUUCUAGAAACUGUCAAGAUACGUCAACAAGGUUAUUCUCACCGCAUCCUCUUUGAAGAGUUUGUGAAAAGGUAUUAUUACCUGGCUUUCAAGGCACAUCAGACCCCUCUUGGUACCAGAGAAAGCUGUAUUGCUAUUUUGGAGAAAUCGAAACUAGACAAUUGGGUUCUUGGGAAAACAAAGGUGUUUCUAAAGUAUUACCACAUAGAGCAGUUAAAUUUGCUGCUGCGAGAAGUUAUAGGCAGGGUGGUGGUAAUGCAGGCCUAUACCAAGGGGUGGCUUGGAGCUAGGAGAUAUAGGAGAAUCAAAGAGAGAAGAGAAAAUAGUGCCGUCGCCAUUCAGUCAGCCUGGAGAGGAUAUGAAACUCGCAGGAAGUACAAGGAAAUAAGGAACAGAAGAACUGAUGCUGCUAUACAUAUUCAAGCAGCUUUCAGAGGAUACACUGUUCGAAAAAAUUAUUCAAGAUUGAAAAGUAGCGAUGGUUACCCAGCUGAUACUGAGUCUGUGGACAACUGCUCUGCCCCCAGUUUUGGCUGUGAAGAACAUUGGCAGCAAACCAACAACCAGACUUCUCCUGCAGAGCCUGAUUCUCUUCACAAACAAAUGGAAAAGGAUUUGGAUGAGAUUCCCACAUCUCAGUUUCUUCUAACGCAUUCACUCCAAAUGAAUGAUUCACAGCCUAUAAGCCAAGCCCUUGCAGUUGCAAAUAAUCAAUUAUCAAGUCCCCUGGGAUCCCCUAAAAAACAAGGUUCAGAAAACUGUCUCAAACAGAAGCUGAGAACACCUCGUCGACGAUGUCAGCAGCCCAAAAUGCUGAAUAGCCCUGAGGACAACAUGUACUAUAACCAGUUAAAUGGAACUCUAGAAUAUCAAGGGAGCAAGAGGAAGCCAAGAAAACUUGGCCAGAUCAAAGUGCUUGAUGGGGAGGAUGAAUAUUACAAAUCAUUGUCAGCUGUCGAAUCUAUCACUGAAGAUGACAACUCACUCAACCCCACAUCUUCUCUUUCCUCAAGAGGAGCGUCUUUUGCUCAGAGCUGAACUUCACCAUUUAUGCUUUGGUCUAAUGCUGCUCGCCUUGGGUCACGGUUCUCUCUGCUCACUGGGGAAGACGUGUGAAUGCGCACUACUCCCACAGCUCCACUCUUCUGCUGGGCCGGGAGAUCGCCUCCUGCAGGGCUCGCUUUGCUGCUGCUCUUUGUGGUCUCUACACCAGGCGGCAGCCAUCCAAGAGGGAGAGAAAUACACACACACUGGGACAAGUUACAGCUGCCGUCUCCCAGCUGGCUCUGGCCUUAGCCCUCGCUGCUUUAAAACUCCGUCCCUGCUAUUACAGCCUAGUCGUUAUGCCGUGGAAUUUGGGUUUACGUAGAAGUGUCAUGUUUCAUCUGCGUAUAUACCGCCGCGUACGUUUUAGCUGUGUAACCCAGAUAGUAACUGCUUGAAUUGACCCUCUUCUACCCCCACAUUGGGUGGGUUUGGGUUUUUUUGUGGUUGUGGAAUCCUAUUCCAUUCUGCCUCUUUUAAGGGCUGGUUCGUGUCUUGGUCCUGAUCUUUGAUGUCUCUUUAUUUUACAUUAGCAAGUAGCAGCCUCCCACUGCUCAUGAAAAUAGUGCUUUGGGUAACUGACUUGGCAUUUGGCCUUGAUACCUGUAUCUCCUGAUAACUGAAACAAAUUUCUAAAAUAAAUAUUGUACUUUGA